AUGACGACUAACUAUUUGGUGCCAAACACUAAACCAAUUAAUGGAAAUGUAUUUCAUUCAUUCGAAAAGAUAAAUGAAAUAUUCGCAAAGAAUGAUGGUAGAAGAUAUUAUAGAGAACUUGAAAGUUCAUGCUAUGACUCUGAUACUCCAUAUUUUGAUGAUAAACAAACUCAUUUAAGAAUUACAAAUCCAGCUCAUGAUGUGAACCAAUUAGGUGACACAUAUAUUAAACGCAAAGUUAAAGCAACUCUAGUUUCAAAUAAAGCUUUCACAUGUGAUGCCGCUUUUAAAUGCAUGCGUUUAUUCGUUGGUUACAAAUCAUCAAAUCAAAGCUUUAAACAAUUAGAAGUAGAAACCGAAAGAGGUGAUGCCGGUUAUCUUCAAAUGGAUUGCGCCCGUGAAUCUUUCGCAUUUGCAACAUAUAAACCAAAAUCGGAAAGGAAAGUUAAAAAGUUUGUUCAUUCGUUAUAUAAUAAUGUUCAAAAAUAUGAUAACUCAGUAUGUGUGUAA